CUCCUUCCUUUAAGACCUACCACAGCCCCACACCAAAACUUACUUGGUUAAAGCAUAAGGGCAAUGGUCCUCAGUGGGGGGCUAGUCCUGGGACUCCACACCUUGAUGAGCCUCCUGAGCCCCCAUGAAGCCGGGGCCAUCAAGGCUGAUCACAUGGGCUCCUAUGGACCAGCCUUCUACCAAUCCUAUGGUGCCUCGGGUCAGUUUGCCUAUGAAUUUGAUGGGGAACAGCUGUUCUCUGUGGAGCUGAAGAAGAGGGAGGCUGUGUGGCGUUUGCCUGAGUUUGGCAACUUCGCCUACUUUGACCCACAGAAUGGGCUGGCCAGCAUCGCGGUGAUCAAAGCCCAUCUGGAUGUCUUGGUGGAACGCUCCAACCGCACCAGAGCCACCAACGUGCCUCCGAGGGUGACUGUAUUCCCCAAGUUUCGAGUGGAGCUGGGCCAGCCCAAUGUCCUCAUCUGCAUGGUGGACAACAUCUUCCCCCCUGUGAUCAAUAUCACCUGGCUGCGCAAUGGUCAAAUAAUCACCGAGGGGGUGGCCCAGACCAGCUUCUAUUCCCAGCCUGACCAUCUGUUCCGCAAGUUCUACUACCUGACCUUCGUGCCUUCAGCAGAUGACAUGUAUGACUGCAAGGUGGAGCACUGGGGCUUGGACGAGCCACUCUUCAGGCACUGGGAGCCCCAGAUGCCUAUCCCGCUGCCAGACACCACUGAGACUCUGGUCUGUGCCCUCGGCCUGGCCCUCGGCCUGGUGGGCUUUCUUGUGGGCACCACUCUCAUCAUCAGAGGCACAUGCUUGUCCAGUGCCCCCAGGUAACCAACCUUCUGAGAAAAACAGAUUGUAGGAGAUAGACAACUGAUGGACUCCUCGCAAGUUUCUGACAGCCUUUGUGUACUCAGUGCCUCCGUCUGCUAAGUAUAUCACCACUGUGCUGACUUUGGAUGGGAUCAGCCUCUGUCCUGUAGGUCUCCUCUCUUGGAUCUGGUACUCACUGCAGGACUUGUGGGGCAGCAACCAGUGCCCCUUCUCACCCCAACACACACACACACACACACACACACACACACACACACACACACACAUCUUGCUCUACUCAAAGCUCUGGCUAGCAGCAGUAAAUUUUUUAAUUGUGUUUGGACUAUAUGCUUUCUACCAGGUCUUGGCCAGUUCUCUCAGGGUGUGAAGGAUACUAGGACCUAGAAGAGGGGAUUCCAGGUGAUGACCAUUUAGCACAACCAUUUCAUACUUGGGGUUGGCCGCCAUCCUCAGGCCAGUCCAGCUAUAUCUUGUUCCAUUUGACUCAUCCGUUUGGGGCCUGUCGUGUGUUACUUGUGAAUGGGCCAUUUCAUGAGGACUUCAUGAAAUUUACCUUCUGAAUUCAGAUUUUCCCUCAAAGGAGUUGCCAGGAGAGGAAAGGUUCAUGAGAAUUCUACUCUUUUCUGGAUUUACUCCAUAAUGAAGAGGCCUUUGGUGUCUGGGCAUAAUCUACAGUGUCAUCUCCUUUUUCCAAAUCCCCUAGAAUCCCAGGCGGCUUGGAUAACAUGGUUACUUCCUUAACCUGGGGUCAAUCAUAUUAGUAGAAGACCUAUCCACAUAUUUAGAGAAAGUUCAAGUGGAUCUCUCUUUUAGUGGUUUUCAAACUGGAAUGUAUGUAAGAAUCAGUUGGGGGCCUUUUAAUAAGCGCAGGCCUCACCCAGAUCUACUGAAUUAGCAUCUUAGAGGUGGAGAGAGUGGUAACAGUCUUUAAUUUUUAACAAGUUCCAGAUGAUGCUGAUGCAGCCAUCCUAGACUUAGACUGUGGUCUGGUACAUGAGACCCACUGACAUAGCCUGAUGCUAUUGGAAGAGGGGAUCCUUGAGGUCUGAGGUUGUCCAGGAAACCUUUCUGGAGAACCUAAGUCUUUUAGGGCAUAAAAGUUGAGGCAGAUACAAGUAAGUAGGGCAAGAUGGGGAUUGGCAUUGUGAGCAUUAGUCCUGGAGAAGAAAGAAACCAAGAGAUCAUGUAGACUUUCCAAGAGACAAUAAAUUGAAAGAAAUCAGUGGCCAGAAGAAGACCCUAUUGGAAGCGGGGGAGGGUUGUCCUAAUCAAGACUUUUGUUUUCCAGUAGUAGAAUCCCUCUUAAAAUGAUCACAGACAUAAGGAGAGGAUGUUUACAAUAAAGAUACAGGAGUGGUGCCUGAACCAAGGGUGGGUUUUAGCCAAGCCUAAGGGAACAGAACUCAAACUGAAAAGCCAGUAGAAUCUAGAACAAUCUCUCUUGCUCUCUCUCUGGGCCAUAUGGUCUGUGUUAUCCCUCUAAUGUUAGCCAUAUUAGCCAUAUUCUUCUCUCUCUGUGGACUACCCUUUUCAGCUAAUAUGUUCACCUGCAGUUCCUGAGUUUGUACAUCACCUCAGCUCUACCCAUCCACCACUAUCUCCCAGUAACAAUUUUAAAUUAUUAAAAAAACAAACGGAUGUCCACAUUUGAGGCAGUUGCCCAUCCCAGUCCGAAGUACUGUAACCAGAGGCAUAAGAUCCACAGUACAAACGUGGCUACCGAGCACCCACCUCUGAGGAGAGGGGUUGGAUCAUUCUCAGAGAAAGAAGAAUUGGUUGGUUCUCAGAAGACAUCUCAACAUAAGUUUGUCCCCAACAUGCCCUGAUCUCUGCUGAUCUUUUGCUUUUCAAAAGUUAACUUGAUCAUCCUCAGAAAGAUGCUUCUCUGAUCUCUGCCCUAGUGUUUAAUAAGGUCACUAAAAGUUUCAUUUUGGGACACCUGUGUGGCUCAGUUGGUUAGGCGUCCCACUCUGGAUUUCGGCUCAGGUCAUGAUCUGACAGUUCAUGGGAUGGAGCCUGACGUCAGGCUCUGUGCUAACAGCCUGGAGCCUGCUUGGGAUUCUCUCUUUCCCUCUCUCUCUGCCUCUCCCCUGCGGAUGCUCUCUGUCUCUCUAAAUAAAUAAAUAAAUAAAUAAA